AUGGGCGACGCUUCGAGUGACUCUGCUAAUGGCGCAAAACGGUCAAGGGGCGCCUAUGAGGACGGCGAGGCACCUGGAACGAUCAAGUCAGAAUCCUCUUCCGAUGAUGACUUUGGGCCUACUUUGCCCUCGGAUGCCCCGAAGAAGAAGAAAAGAAAGCUCCCGCAUGAAAAGCUCUAUAUAUCCGCUUUACCGGCCUCGCCUCGCUAUUCCAAAUCCUUGAUGCACCGGGAUCAGCUAUCAUUCGUUACAGUGACCCCCUUCACGGACUUCGUGAUCACAAGUUCGGUAGACGGAGUCGUCAAAUUCUGGAAGAAGGCAGUCGCAAACAUCGAAUCUGUCAAAGAGUUCAAGGCACAUGUUGGAGAGAUCAAAAGCGUCAGCGCAAGCCAGGAUGGGCGCAGCUUCGCCACAGCUGGUGUGGACAAGACAAUUAAGAUUUUCGAUGUGGUGACUUUUGAUCUCUUAUCAAUAGUAUCACUCGAGCGACCUCCGAGGUCUGUGUGUUGGGUCCACAGGCGUGGUGCAUCGCUACCGUUGCUUGCCGUCUCCUUCGACGAGAGCAAUGAUAUUGAGAUCUAUGAUGCCGGGGGAGAGAUUCAAAAGCCUGUCCACACGAUCAGCAAGCUUCAUAGAAGUCCCGUGAGAGUCAUAGCGUAUAAUACCGAGUAUGACUGCGCUCUUUCUGCAGACGAUAAUGGGAUGAUUGAAUACUGGAGACCACAUGGGAUGUACGAAAAGCCAGACAAUGUCUAUAAACUGAAAAGCUCGACAGAUCUAUUUGCGUUCAAGAAAGCGAAAAGUCUGCCCGCAUCAAUUACAAUAUCGCCGUCAGGACAGAAAUUUGCAACUUUCUCAUUUCCAGAUCGCAAAGUCCGGGUGUUCGACUUCGCGUCCGGGAAACUUCACAGAACAUACGACGAGUCACUCACAACUAUAGCAGACAUGCAGCAAGCCGGAACUUCACUACGCACAUUCGAGAACGUUGAAUUUGGUCGCCGUCUAGCAAUAGAACGCGAAAUCGAAAACCCCAACAUCCAACCCAAGAUCAACGUCCAUUUCGACGAGUCCUCAAAUUUUAUCCUCUACGGUUCUUUACAUGGCGUAAAAGUCAUAAACCUGCUCACCAACCACGUCAUCAAGGUCUACGGCGACACCGAACCCUUCCGCUCUCUCAACCUAUCACUAUAUCAAGGCGCUCCCCAAAGAAAGCAAUUCACCACGGUCGAAAUGGCCGCCUCUUCCAACCCUCUCCUCCAAGAAGCCGAAUCCCGUGACCCAAUGGUCAUUUGCACAGCAGUCGGCAAACCCCGCUUCUACAUUUUCACCAACGAAACCGAUAUCAGCAAAUCCACGCGCGAUAUCCAGAACGAGAAACCCCGCAACCUCAACGCCUCCGCCGACCAAUCACAAUCUAAGCAAGCUGAGACCCUCGGCACCCAAGCAAACAUACAUACCACCAUGGGCGACAUCGAGCUCCGCCUCUUCCCGCAAUCAGCCCCCAAAGCCGUCGAGAACUUCUGCACACAUGCCCGUCGUGGCUACUAUAACAACACGCUCUUCCACCGCGUGAUCAAGAAGUUCAUGAUCCAAGGCGGCGACCCUCUCGGCGAUGGCACAGGUGGAGAGUCUAUCUGGGGAAAAGAGUUCGAGGAUGAAUUCUCGAAGAGCUUGAAGCACGAUCAGCCAUUCACAUUAAGCAUGGCGAACGCGGGCCCAAACACGAAUGGGAGCCAGUUCUUCAUCACGACGGAACGUUGUUCGUGGCUGGAUGGCAAACAUACGAUUUUCGGGCGUGCGGUGGGCGGGUUGGAUGUGGUGAAGAGGAUUGAGAAUGUGAGGGUUUGGAAGGAGAAGCCGGAGGAGGAGAUCAGGAUGUUGAGUAUUGAUAUUAAUUGA